AUGGAUGGCUACUGGGUCUACCUGGAGCGCGGUGUCGACGCCGUGCGCCGCUGGAAGGCCUUCGGCGCCGCAGAUCAGCGGCGCUUGGAGGCGAAUGUGGUGGUUUUUUUCGGCCGCGCCGCCGUGCAUUUGCCACGCCACGGAACCAGUGGCAGCUCCUGGCUGGUGGCGCGCUACGGUGGCGGCUGCCUGCAACGCUUUGGGCCUUUCCCGGUGCGGCGUGCCACAUGGUUCCGACUGCCCAGUGGGCAGCUGGAACCAUAUGGGGAGAAGAUGAACCGGAAGCUGAAUACAGCGUAUGAGAAGCUGGCAUCCGCACAGGAGUGCACCCCAGCCUCGGCUGGAAGCCCACGAAGCGAUGAUGUGACCUCGCCUUCCGGCGGAUCACCCUCGGCCAAAGGUGAGAUCGUGAGAUGUGGGAAAAAGGUGGUGCGAAUGUACGUCACCUGGGGGAAGAUUCAAGCUGCAGAAAAAGAGACUGAUGGCACCAUGCGCACCUGGUUGGGCCUGUCCCAUGUGUUAGUGCAGCGGGGCUGCGAGGUCCCGGUGGAGGAGGAGGAGGAACUGCUUUUGGAGAAGGUGGGUCAGAUAGUUGUGGUGGUUCAUGGGAUCGGUGAGAAGUUCGCACAGAGUCACGGCCGCGGCCUCGCCUACGACAUCGGUGUGCUGCGUAGCUCACUGCUGCACUGCCAGCUGAAGCGCUGUGGCUUCGUGCAGCAGGAGGGACGAUGGCAAGCAGGUGAGGGGGCACAACCGGGGCAGAGGAUCGAGGUGCUGGUGUCGGAGUGGUGGCAGGGCGUUCAUUCUGAGGAGAUGGACCGACAGCUUGACAGCAUCACCCUGCCAUCCCUCUCCGCGGUGCGCGACUUUGCAAAUCUGUCUCUGGUGGAUGGCCUAGCCUUCUUCCAGGAGCGGCAAAAGGUUAUGGCGGCCACAGCUGCGAACAUUGAGAGAAGUGUAGGCAGAUUCAAGGAAUGCAAUCCCGACUUCAGAGGUCAGAUCUUUUUGGUCGGCCACUCUCUUGGAGGCGUGAUUCUGUGGGACAUCGUCACCGAGAAACGGCUGUCCUUCACUCCGAGCGCCCUCUUCACCUUGGGUUCGCCCCUGGGCGUUUUCCUGCACACGGCGCACGGUGUGGCGGGAGCCGAAAACAUGCGAGAAAAGCUGGGGAAGGUCCCCUUCUUCAACAUCUUCCAUCCCUUGGACCCCGUCGCCUACCGCGUGGAGCCCCUGCUGCUGCCGGAGCUCACGGCGGAGCCACCGGCGCCGGUGGAGGAGCCGCACGGCGCGGCGCGGCGGCGCAUGGAUUGGGUGCUGCCGAGCGUCGCGAUGAGCUCGGCGGCGCAACUGCUACAGGCUGUGCCAAGUCACAUUACCUACUACCAGAAUCCGCACGUGGCAAGCUUCAUCUUGCGCCAGUGCGUCCAUUCGCCCGCCUCCCUGAGCCACGUCGCCCAAGCGGCACGCGAACAGCUGAGUGUCCGACGCAGCCGGAAGAGUGGGUCCCGAGUGGAUGGCAACGAAGAAAAAGGGGGGGGGGGUACCCUCUGGUUAUGUCAAAAUAGCUAUUGA